UUUUCCUCUCCGUUGUGCGCGUUCACAACAUCAGCCUUGGCUCGACGUCAGAGUCUGUGCAGCAGUGCAGUAUAAUGGGAGCGCAGGCAACACGGAGAGCCUCAUAGGAGGCUGCAUAUCGCUGCUGUAUCCUCUGCUUGGCGCUCUCCUGCCCCUCUCCAGUAGCUCACCGGUAGCCCAUGCUCCGGCUCCCCCCGUCUCCACCGGAUCCGUACCUUCUGACAUGGAUGUCCCAUCGCUCAUCAAGCCCGAGGAUUGCCGUUUGUUGGCGCAGUGAAGACGGAGAAGGGGAAAGCCAUGCCGGGAUCGCGAAUGGAUUUAAGGAAAGCGCAAGUGACCAUGCCGUGAUCUUGCGCAUCCAGGGCCGCCGUUUCCCUGCCUUGCCCAACAGCCGUAGAAGCAUUACGAGGGAUUCAAACCCGCGCACCGGGGGGAUUAACCACUGUGCUUUAUUUUUUCAAAACAACAUGAAGAUUACCUCCCAUCAUCUGAUGAUAACCAGUCUCAUUUUCAGGUCCAACCUCAGGCUGAUCCCGCUUCUGCUGCUGCUCUUUCUUGGUUACACUCGCGGGAUGCCACACGUUUUAAGAUUUGGGGGAAUAUUUGAAUCCAUCGAGAGCGGGCCCUCCGGAGCAGAGGAACUAGCCUUUAAAUUUGCCUUGAACACAAUCAACAGGAACCGCACAUUGCUCCCGAACACCACACUGACAUAUGACAUCCAGAGAAUAAACAUCUUUGACAGCUUCGAGGCUUCCCGGAAAGCAUGUGACCAGCUUUCUCUCGGCGUGGCAGCCAUCUUUGGCCCGUCGCACAGCUCCUCUGCGAAUGCAGUCCAGUCCAUCUGCAACGCUCUGGGAGUGCCCCACAUCCAGACCAAAUGGAAGCAUCAAGUGUCCGACAACAAGGACUCAUACUACGUCAGCCUGUACCCCGACUUCUCCUCCCUCAGCAGAGCCAUCCUGGACCUGGUGCACUUCUUCAAAUGGAAAACAGUCACUGUGGUCUAUGACGACAGCACAGGUCUCAUUCGACUGCAGGAGCUGAUCAAGGCGCCGUCGCGAUACAACAUCCGUUUGAAGAUUCGACAGCUGCCCACAGAGACCAAGGACGCCAAGCCACUUUUGAAGGAGAUGAAGAAGGCAAAGGAGUUUCACGUCAUCUUUGAUUGUGGACACGAGAUGGCUGCCUGGAUCCUGAAGCAGGCCUUGGCCAUGGGUAUGAUGACUGAGUACUAUCAUUAUAUUUUUACAACCCUGGACCUUUUUGCCCUCGACAUGGAACCGUAUCGCUUCAGUGGCGUCAACAUGACUGGGUUCCGCAUACUCAACACAGAAAACUCUCAGGUGUCAUCGAUCAUCGAGAAGUGGUCAAUGGAGCGACUGCAGGCUCCCCCCAAACCGGAUUCGGGCUUACUGGAUGGAUUCAUGACAACGGAUGCGGCGCUGAUGUACGAUGCUGUGCACGUGGUAGCGGUGGCCGUGCAGCAGUCACAGCAGAUCACCGUCAGCUCGCUGCAGUGUAACCGCCACAAGCCAUGGCGCUUUGGAAGCCGCUUCAUAAACCUUAUCAAAGAGGCUCAUUGGGACGGUUUGACAGGGCGAGUUCUCUUCAAUAAAACCAACGGGCUGAGGACGGAUUUCGAUCUGGAUGUCAUCAGUUUGAAGGAAGAUGGUCUGGAAAAGAUUGGAACAUGGGAUCCUCCCAGCGGUCUGAAUAUGACAGAGACUCACAAAAGCAAGACAUCCAACAUCACUGACUCUCUGGCUAACAAAUCCCUGCGUGUAUCCACCAUACUGGAGGAGCCAUAUGUGAUGUUCAAGAAGUCUGACAAGCCUUUGUACGGGAACGAUCGCUUCGAGGGCUACUGCAUCGACCUUCUGAGGGAACUUUCUGCCAUCCUGGGCUUCCGAUAUGAGGUACGAUUGGUGGAAGAUGGGAAAUACGGAGUGCUGGAUGAGGGCACGGGGCAAUGGAACGGCAUGGUGCGAGAGCUCAUGGACCAUAAAGCAGACCUUGCUGUUGCUCCUUUGGCCAUCACUUACGUCAGGGAGAAGGUCAUCGACUUCUCAAAGCCCUUCAUGACUCUGGGGAUAAGUAUCCUGUACCGCAAGCCCAACGGCACCAACCCAGGAGUUUUCUCCUUCCUCAACCCCCUCUCACCUGAUAUCUGGAUGUAUAUUCUGCUGGCUUGCUUGGGUGUCAGUUGUGUGCUGUUUGUCAUAGCCAGGUUUAGUCCUUAUGAGUGGUACAAUCCACAUCCCUGCAACCCAGACUCGGAUGUAGUGGAAAACAAUUUCACGCUGCUCAAUAGUUUCUGGUUUGGAGUUGGGGCUCUCAUGCAGCAAGGCUCAGAGCUCAUGCCCAAGGCCCUGUCGACUCGAAUAGUUGGAGGGAUCUGGUGGUUCUUCACUCUCAUCAUCAUUUCCUCAUACACAGCCAACUUGGCUGCCUUCCUCACUGUGGAGAGGAUGGAGUCUCCGAUAGACUCCGCUGAUGACCUGGCCAAACAAACUAAGAUCUUGUAUGGGGUGGUGGAGGAUGGUGCCACCAUGACGUUCUUCAAGAAGACAAAGAUCUCCACCUAUGAUAAGAUGUGGGAGUUCAUGAACAGCAGGAGGCAGUCGGUGAUGGUGAAGAGUGUGGAGGAGGGCAUCGAGCGCGUUUUGACCUCUGACUAUGCCUUCCUAAUGGAGUCCACCACCAUCGAGUUUGUCACCCAGCGAAACUGCAACCUCACACAGAUUGGAGGCCUCAUAGACUCCAAAGCUUAUGGAGUGGGAACACCUAUGGGGUCUCCGUACAGAGACAAGAUCACAAUAGCCAUCCUGCAGCUGCAAGAGGAAGGGAAACUGCACAUGAUGAAAGAGAAGUGGUGGCGAGGCAACGGCUGUCCCGAGGAGGAGAGCAAAGAGGCCAGUGCUCUGGGAGUCCAGAACAUCGGCGGGAUCUUCAUCGUGCUGGCUGCUGGCCUGGUGCUGUCCGUGUUUGUGGCCGUGGGGGAGGUCCUGUACAAGUCAAAACAGAACGCUGAACUGGAAAAGCGAUCGUUCUGCAGCGCCAUGAUGGAUGAGCUGCGCGUGUCUCUAAAGUGCCAACGCCGUCUCAAACAAAAGCCUCAGCCGCCCGCCAUUGUCAAGACAGAAGAGGUCAUUAACAUGCACACGUUCAAUGACAGGAGACUCCCAGGAAAGGAAACCAUGGCAUGAACGCUGACAACACCCCGAGCGGACCCCCUCAAUAAAAACUACGGAGGGGGAAGACAGGGGUCACAUUAGUGCUGACUUGACUACAGACUGAGGUUAGCAGACACAACAGGACUCCUUUUGAACCCACUUGCUUAUGUAGACAGAUGUUUCCUGUGGAAAUGCAGAUACCUGAGCAGUGUCACCUCACUGUGACAUUUACUUUUGAGGGAGCUGGAAGCUGCGGACUCGCCGCGGUCGGGUCGGAAAAAUGACGGAAGCAGAUCCAAGCAGGUUUGCAGCUAAAAAGAAUAAAGUGAAAAUAAAUAAAUAAAAACAUUUAUCUGGUCCACACCAGAAGUGGAUUUAAACACACGUAAACGCACACACACACACACACACACACACACACACACACCCUAUUUUACACGCUUAACUCUUGUGAUUAAGGGGAAAAUCUGUUUGGGCCGUAAAACCAGUUGUAGUUUUUCUGUUGAUGUCGACGCCCCGCCCCCCUCGUCUUACCUCCAUGUGUGUGACCCUGACCCCACCAGCCCCUCCCUUCAGUGACUUGAGUUUAUCGCCAAUAAUUUAUACAAACACUAAUCUCACGCACACAUGAAACAGUAGUCAGUGCCAUAUGGUUUAUUAUAAGCUGAUGUAGAAAAGUGAUAUUUAGUUUGCAAUCAUCUACGCUGACCUUGUCAAAUACGUAUCAUUUUCUUCUGUAAUGCCUCUCUUGUGCCAAAGUUCUGCCAUUUGUAAAGAACUUUCUACAUGCCGAUUAUGUUCAACGCCUCUGCAAGAAAUGUAAACUACCAGAGUUCUGAGUCCCGCCCAUCUCCACUCAAAGUCUACAGUUUUCAGUCUGUAUGAGUUGUUUAAAAGGCCAGAUUUCUACAAAUGUGUUUUUUUGUACAAGAACAAGAGGUUUUGUAGUACUUUGUAUCAUGGUAGCCCCUCCUGUGGACAGAACAUGUAGCAGAUACUAACUCAGCCCUCGAAUUCUGUCAACAAGCUUCAGGCUCUGCUGUGUAGAGUUCAUCUCUUUCAUCAAUCAAAGAUUGAUUAUUGUCUGCCUGUCUCCAGGGACCAGCGGUACACACUGUUUGGGGACAAUGUAGUGGAUUUUGGUGGGUGAGCGCAAUAGAAUUGUAAAUGAAGCGAUGCUCAAAGGAAGCAAGGCGGUGACUCAAUCUGGAGAGCUGUUGUCCUGUCAGCAGAGUCUUGCAGAAUGCGAGCGCGGGUAACUAACAGUAGCUUUGAUGAAUCACCAUCAAAGAAAUGGUAAAUCAUGCAAAUGUUGCUUGUGUGGAAUAUAAACAUAACUGUAGUUUUGUAGCCGUGUUGUACUACAAUGAGAUUCCUUUUUUUUUUUACCUUGAAAAGUCCUAAAAGUCUUAUUUUCUAAACUUGGGGAAAUAAUUGCAGUGCAGACCAACACACAGGCAGAUUUCAGAGUUUAAAUGUUAAAAAGAAAUAUUGAAAUUAAUGUUAUUUAUGUAAUUCUAACAAAUAACAAACUGACAAAGUGGACAGUUGCAUCUGAAAAAUGUCUUUCAUUGUUUCUUUUAAAGGGACCAUAUCAUGGAAAAUCCACUUUUGGGAAUUUUUACCAUGUGAUACUGUUAUUUCGUCAUGAAAAAAAAAGAAUAAAAUUUGGCUGCAUUCUUGCAUUUUCCUGUUUCA